AUGAUUUUAAUACCGGGCUAUAAUCCAGGGUAAUUAACACUACAAGGAACCAAUACAUACUUAAUUGGAACAGGCAAUAAAAGAAUCUUAAUAGACACAGGUGAAGGUAAAGAAUAAUACAAAAUACACUUGAAAUAAAUUUUAGAAUAAGAGUAAUGUGAAAUUUCAAUUGUUCUUAUAACUCAUCAUCAUUUAGAUCAUAUGGGAGGAAUACCUUAAGUAAUUGAAUUAUGUCCAAAUGCUAAAGUAUAUAAAAAUUUAGAUCAUAAUUUGGAAAAUGAUAAACUAUAUCCUAUGCUUCCACUUUAGGAUGGAUAAAUUUUCUAAGUUGAAAAUUGCAUCAUCACAGCUAUCUCAUAACCUGGACAUUGUGUUGAUCAUUUUAGUUUUAUAACCUAAAAUUAAGAAUGGUUUUCAGGUGAUUGUUUAUUGGGAGGUUCUUCUUGUUUCAUAGAAAAUGUUAAAUAGUAUUUAGAAAAUAUGGAAAAAGUAGAAAAAAUGAAGAUGUAUUAUCUAUAUAUAUCACAAUUCAUAGUAAAACUAUAUAUCCAGGUCAUGGAUACUCAAUAGUUGAAGGAGCGCAAGAAGCAAUUUCUAAAUAAAUUAAUCACAGAAAGAAUAGAGAAUAAUAGAUCUACUAAGCAAUAAAUGGAUAAUCAAUUGAUGAAGUAAUAUUGGCUGUUUAUCCAGAUGUGAAUGAUCCAUAUGUAAAGAAAUUUGUAAAGAUUGCAGUUCAAGCUCACCUUAUUAAACUACUUAAUGAUAAUUUAAUCAAAUGUAAAGAUAAUUUAUAUUAUAAAUGCUGA